AUGGGCGGCACACAAACCGAGUUAGAGUCCCUAAAGGCCAUGCACAAUGUGAUAAUAACUACUGAGCGCCUGAGAUUACGGCCAGUUCUUCCCUUGACGGACAUUCAUUCACUUCAUCGGAUGAGACAAAACCCUACCUCGAUGAAGUACUCAUCAACUGGGGUUGAAACCGAGAAGGAUCCAUUCAAUAGUGUCACUUUCGACAGGAUCAAAAUCAUGGCAGGCGCGGAGGGAUUCGCGUUUGCCGUAGAACUCAAGUCUAGCAAUGGAGAUGCGCAGCCGGAGAUGAUCGGUGCUGUGGGUAUGUUUCGGCCUGGAGCCUGUGGCUAUCAGUUUGAUGAGCCUUACUGGGGCAUGGGCUACGCGACCGAAGCCUUGACGGCCUGGCUCCAGAAAUACUGGGAGUACUUUCCUGAGGGGCCGGAGAGUAUUGCACCAGAGAACCGCAACCACCUGCUGGCUCAUGUGUUUGAGGGCAAUGUUGCUAGUGAAAAGGUGCUGCUGAAGUCUGGGUUUCGAGUCCUAAGAGCGAAAGUCCCGGGAACUCAAGCUGGUCAUCCGGUCAUCGAGACUGUAUUUAUUGUCGAAAGGCCUGAGCCAGUGCCUAUCCCAGCCGACGCUGCUGGGCUGCCGACCUGA